AUGGGCAAGACCAAAGAGCUGUCAAAAGAGGCCAGAGACAAAAUUGCAGAGCUCCACCAAAGCUGUAAAAGGCUAUGGACAAUCUGGAAGCAGCUUGAGCACGACGAGUGCCUGAGCGGACUUCACGACUGCGACGAGAAUGCCUUGUGCUUCAACAUGGUUGGAGGACACAGCUGCUCUUGCAAGCCGGGCUACACCGGCAACGGAACCGUGUGCAAAGCCAUGUGCGACGGCUUGUGCCAGAACGGCGGGACGUGCCUGUCGCCCAACAACUGCGCCUGCCUGCAAGGAUUCACCGGGAAGAGAUGUGAGACAGACAUCGACGAGUGUGCCGACGGCUUCGUGGAGUGUGACAGUAAAUCCACUUGUGUCAACUUGCCCGGAUGGUACCACUGCGAGUGCCGCGAGGGUUUCCAUGACAACGGCUUGUUUUCUGCCAAUGGAGAGUCGUGUGUAGAUAUCAACGAGUGCAAGACGGGCGGGAACACCUGCGCCAACGACACCAUCUGCUUCAACCUGGAGGGAGGCUACGACUGCCGCUGCCCCCACGGACACAACUGCACCGGCGACUGUAUCCAUGACAACAAGGUCAAGCACAGCGGACAGGUGUGGGUGCUGGACAGUGACCGCUGCUCCGUCUGCUCGUGCCAGAAAUUAUUUAGUUUUGCAAGCCAAGUGUCGCAGCUCAUGAUCAUGGAGGUGCCCCUGAUGGAUGUGGAGGUCCUGAGCUUGUGUGGUCUGCAAUUGCAGUUUAUGGUAGAGAAGUCAGCAUGCCAACUGCACGCGCCCUCCAAACUUCAGAUUGGCCUUUUAUUGUGGGCAACCUAA